UGCCGCUCGGCCCGGCCCGGCCCGGCGCGGGGCCCCGUGAGCGCGGCAGGAAGCGGCGGCCCCGCGGGGCGGCCAUGGCGAAGCGGCUGCGGAGCAGCGAGCUGUGCGCCGACUGCAGCGCCCAGGAUCCUUGUUGGGCAUCUAUAAACAGAGGAAUUCUGAUUUGUGACGAGUGCUGCAGUGUUCAUCGAAGCCUGGGGCGCCAUAUCUCUCAAGUGAGACAUCUCAAGCAUACACCAUGGCCUCCAACAUUGCUGCAGAUGGUUGAAACACUGUACAAUAAUGGUGCUAACUCCAUAUGGGAACAUUCAUUGCUGGACCCUGCCUCUGUUAUGAGCGGAAGGCGCAAAGCGAACCCGCAGGAUAAAGUACAUCCCAAUAAAGCUGAAUUCAUUAGAGCUAAGUAUCAGAUGUUAGCAUUUGUUCAUCGCCUGCCAUGCCGAGAAGAUGACAGUGUGACUGCCAAAGAUCUUAGUAAGCAACUCCAUUCCAGCGUAAGGACAGGAAAUCUGGAGACGUGUUUGCGGUUACUCUCCUUAGGAGCUCAAGCCAACUUCUUUCAUCCUGAGAAAGGAAAUACUCCGCUCCACGUUGCUGCUAAGGCAGGGCAGACUCUACAAGCAGAGUUAUUAGCGGUUUAUGGUGCUGAUCCUGGCACACAAGAUUCCAAUGGAAAAACUCCUGUUGACUAUGCAAGACAAGGUGGGCAUCAUGAACUGGCAGAGCGCCUGGUGGAAAUUCAGUAUGAACUCACUGACAGGUUAGCUUUCUAUCUCUGUGGCAGGAAACCAGAGCAUAAAAACGGACAGCACUUUGUUAUACCUCAGAUGGCAGAUAGACGGCUCAGUCUAGAUUUAUCAGAACUUGCAAAAGCAGCUAAGAAGAAGCUUCAAUCUCUAAGCAACCACUUAUUUGAAGAACUUGCCAUGGAUGUGUAUGAUGAAGUCGACAGGAGGGAAACAGAUGCAGUUUGGCUUGCUACUCAGAAUCAUAGUACGCUUGUGACAGAGACCACGGUGGUUCCUUUUCUUCCUGUAAAUCCUGAAUAUUCCUCAACCAGGAAUCAGGGAAGACAGAAGCUGGCUCGAUUUAAUGCUCAUGAAUUUGCUACACUAGUUAUAGAUAUUUUAAGUGAUGCCAAACGAAGACAACAGGGGAAUCCUGUCAGUGGUUCCAAAGAAAAUGUGGAACUAAUACUCAAAUCCAUAAGCAAUCAACACAGCAGUGAAAGUCAGGAUAAUGACCAGCCUGAUUAUGAUAGUGUUGCUUCAGAUGAAGAUACAGAUCUGGAAACAAAUGCAGCUAAAUCUAACAGACAGAAGAGCCUGGAUUCAGACUUGUCAGAUGGACCAGUGACUGCCCAAGAAUACAUGCAAGUUAAAAAUGCAUUGGUGGCUUCUGAGGUAAAGAUUCAGCAGUUAAUGAAAGUGAACAUCAACUUGAGCGAUGAGCUGAGAGUCAUGCAGAAAAAGCUUCAAACGCUACAGAGUGAGAAUACCAACCUCAGAAGACAGGCCACAACCAAUAUAUAUCAGGUCCAAACUGGUUCUGAGUACACAGACCCUACCAACAAUUCUUCUUUAAAGCGACGACCAUCUGCACGGGGUAGCAGACCCAUGUCCAUGUAUGAGACUGGAUCAGGUCAGAAACCCUACCUCCCCAUGGGAGAGGUCCCAUACCCAGAAGAAAGCAUAACAAGACUGCAGCCUUUUCCUCCACAUAUCGGGAGGAGUGCGUUUGUGACCUCCUCUUCAUCUCUACCUUCCUUCCCCUCCACGCUUUCCUGGUCAAGGGAUGAAAGCACACGAAGGGCCUCGAAGCUGGAGAAGCAGAGCAGCGUGUCGGAGAGUGACUACGAUAACCCCACUGCCCCUCUGGAGCUGGAGGAGACAGGGUCGGGCAGGAAGGGACGGCAGAGGAGCAUCAUUUGGCAGGGGGAGGGAUCCAUCCCCGAGGACACCGACACAGCCCCCAGCUCCAGUUUGCCCAGUACAGAAGAUGUGAUUCGGAAAACUGAGCAGAUCACUAAGAAUAUUCAGGAGCUGCUGCGAGCGGCACAGGAGAACAAGCACGACAGCUAUAUACCGUGCUCCGAGAGAAUACAUGUGGCAGUAACAGAAAUGGCAGCCUUGUUCCCAAAAAAACCCAAAUCUGAACUGGUAAGGACUUCUUUGCGUCUGCUGACAUCUAGUGCCUACAGACUCCAAUCUGAGUGCAAAAAAACCCUUCCUGUGGAGACGUGCCCUACGACGGACAUCCAGCUGGUUACACAGCAAGUCAUCCAGUGCGCCUACGACAUUGCCAAGGCUGCUAAACAGCUGGUUACCAUCACAACCAAAGAGAACAACAACUGAGUCACACUUGGCUUUUUAAUCUUGUUUUUUUAAAGGUUGAAUUUCAAAUAUAGGUGUGGAACUAUUCAAAUUUUUAUGAGGAAAACUAAAGGGGCAAGAAACUUUUUUUUAAACUCAGUAUUAUUUUUGCAUGUUUUCUAACAAUUUUAACGAUUAAUUUAACCCACUGCCUUAUUUUGUGCCUGUGUUGCCAGUUUAGUUACCGAUUAUAGCAUGUCGCAAAUAGCUAUUGAGCCAAUAUCAUGUACCGGCGUUGUUUCAAGCUCUUGCUAGAUGUUUCCAUGAGGCCGCGUUCUGCUUUCAGAUAACGCUUGCAAAAUUCCCACCAAAGUCAACUGCAGAUACCAGAGGGCAGAACCUCGCCUCUGCUCUGUCCAUCCUGGAGCCCCACGUGCAAUGGUGCCGCUGACUGAGAAACGUGCGGUGAAGCGGGCUCCGAGGGCUCCAGGCCCACACCUGCUGACCAGCCGAAGGAAGCUCGUACUCCUGAGCAUGGAAUACCAGCCACUGUUACCUGUUCCCAUAUCAACUGUUGUGCAAUAAUCAUGUUUUUAGUCUGCUGAGACAAGAGUAGCUGUGGGCAUCCGAGCUUAUUACAUGUAGCUAUACAAGGUCUUUGUCACUUUAUCUAUUUUUGGAAGGAAUUUCAAUUUUAAUAGUUGUUUCUUUUAGUUGUCACUAUGCCAUUAAUAUAUUAUGUUUGAUGUUACUUUAGGGCAUUAGUGGUUAAAAUAUUAUCCCUUGUUUCUGGUUUGGUAUCUCAUUCUUAAGUUUCCUAUGGAAUUUUACUGUCAUCUUCAAGGCAACACUGUGUUUGCAGCAGCACUGAUGCAAUUCCACUGAAGAUUUAUAGCUGAAAAAAAGUGCCAGUUAAAGGAAGCUGUGUCUGCCAUAGCAUAUAACCUCUGUACCUCAACGUAUCAAUGUGAAAAGAUUUCUUAUAUCCAGUAAGUAUUUUGCAAAGCACUCAGAACUUUGAAAAAAUAUGCAAGUCUGUAAUUACAAAAAUGAGAGCUCUUUGAGAGUUAAAACUCCAUGGAGAACUCAGUAGUUCUUGCCUCCUCACAUCCCACGUGGAAGCUUGUGAUUUUCAAGGAGCCUGCUGGGGCAGUUUAGCUGGCAGCCAGGUCAGGCAGUGUUUUAUUUAGGAGCAAAGUUACAGAACCACAGCAGCUGUCACGUGUCAGCGCUUGGUUUGAAUAUUCGGACAGCUUUCACAGAAAUAUUUGAGUCAGGAGUGGCUAUCUGCCAUUCAAACAGGUUAGAGUAUGGAGUCUGCCAAAAAAAACAUUCUUCAAGGCUUUCUGGUAGACAGACUGCUGCAUUGAGGUUAACAGAUGAAACCACUUUCAGCAGUUCCUUCCUCUUGCAAACGAACAGUGUUUGUGUGCAUAUAUAAACGCUAAGUGCCAUAACACACUUGGAUUCUUGGGGUGGAUGUAGCUCCAUUUUUAAAGUAGUGUAAAUCUGAAGGAGGGAAGGAAGGGAGAGAGUAGAUGACAAUCCAGUACAUUAAUCUUCUUCAUAGAAACUUUUUCUCCCUUCCUACACCUCCAAAUCCUAGAACUGUCUCUAAACUCAGAGGAAUGCAGACAGGGUGGGAUUGAAACUGUAAAAGAUUUCUAAAACCUACUCCAAAAUUAUUCUGCUGGCAAUUAAAUACAUUAAGAACAGGUUCCCAGAAGAUUAGCAAAUUAGUAUCAUUGAAAGGUAGCAGAUGGUAUUUUUAAAUCUCUCAGGACACCAUUGUUUGCUUUUCUUUAACAUUUCUUACCUGAUUUUUGAAGCAGGGUAACACUGAGUUAUGUUGUAGGUUUCAGUUUGUGCCUGUACCAAAACAAAAGGACACUUCAGAACCGCAAGCCCUCGUUCUAGCUAGGCUAGCUCCAGGCUUUCUAAAAACAAUCAUUUAUCUUGGUGGAAGACCUAGCUUAAAAAAAAAUAAAUAAGUGGCCACCUGUAAUUGAUUUUUCCACUCUGGUAAAUUCUGCCAUCUCUGAACAAGCCUUUGUUCUAGACUGGUCCUCACCAUACCCUGUGACUGCUCCAGCACCCCAGUGCAGGUGAUGUGGGGUGUGUGAUUUCCUGAUGCCAUCAAUGAAACAGAAGCAGUCUGAGCAAAUGCUUAUGUGCUACGUCAGAUUUCUUCACCAAAGGAGUGUUACAAAGCCAGCUGCAGAACUAAGGAGUAGUAGGGUAACCCCCGAAGCAUACAGCAUUGCAGGUCAGAACAUUUAUAGUACCCAAAAUACCAGAAGCUUUUUUUUUUUUCCUUUUAUGACAUCUCCUUCCCCCAGCUCCCAAACCAAAAUUCCUCUUUCUUUACAAAAUGCUGCAUAGGAAAGUAAAACUUUUUUUCUUUUUUGCCUUUUCUGAACCUUGUAUUUAUCAGUGUCAUGCUGUCUGUACUAUACUCUGACUUAAUCUUUUGUUUACUGCAUUACUAUAAAAUGCUAAAACCUUGUCAAUGUAUAAAAUUACUUGGGAUUACUUGACUGCUGGUUUUGUAAAGAAAAGAUCUUGAAAGAGUGGCUGUAGUUGAGUAAAGUCUGCAGUGCUCGAA